AGGUCAGUCCCAGAGAUUCCUGUACGAGCUGAUGUACAUGCGGAAAGUCUGGCUUACGAUGGUUCCAGGCAAAGGAUAGAAUUGCUGAUGUGGUCUGUCACUAUCCUCAAGAGGUCCCCAAGUAUAUUUUAGGAUACCAGAAGUGUUCAAAGUCUGAUGCUGCUGUCCUGGGAGCAUUGAUUUUCAGAGCAGACAAUGGAGACAGAAAGUUAGAUCUUCUAGACGACUCAAAAAAGCUUAUGGCCAAGUUAGUGCCUCCAUACCAUCUGAAAUUACAGUCUAACAAGGAGUGGAAAAAGGCAAUCUCUGAGGUUUACAAAAAACAAAUGGGUAUGACAUCUGAGGAUGCCAAAAUUAACUACUUGAGGUUUGUCUUCCCUUGGUCAACAUUUGGAUCAUCGUUUUUCGACGUGAAACAAACAACUGAGAAGCGGUUCCCUGAAAAUAUCACCAUCGCGAUUAACAAGAAUGGGAUCUUCAUCCUCGACAGGCAAACUAGGGAGCCAUUGACUCUGUAUCCAUUCCACGGAGGUGACCAGUUGGACCACUACAAAGUCAACGUUCUCACUGGACGUAAGCUCUGUGCGGCUCGUAUGCGUGACCCCUCUCGGCUACAAGAUGGACGACCUCAUCACGUCCUACACAUCACUUCUCGGGCCUCGCAAUAAUGGCGUGUGAUAGUAACAUGUG